AUGGCAGACAUCUCAAGCAUUGAGAAGCGAGAUGUUCUCCACAACGAAGAUGUACACGACUCAGAUCUCGGUGCUGCGAAAGAGCAAGACCUGUAUCAUGGAACACUCACUCCCGAGGAGAAGAUCAUCGAGAAGCAGUUGCGACGAAAGAUUGACACUCUGAUUAUGCCUCUGGUCGUCAUGGUAUAUUUGAUGAAUUAUAUCGAUAGGAACAACUAUGCUGCAGCCAGAUUGCAAGGCCUGGAAGACAGUCUAGGCCUCAACGAUACCCAAUAUCAACUAGGCUUGAGUAUUUUGUUUGUUGGAUACGUUCUUAUGCAAGUACCGUCCAACUUGCUUCUCAACCACUGUGGCAGACCCGCGUACUACCUUGGAUUCUUCAUCUGUGUGUGGGGAUUGGUUUCCGCCUUGACCUCACAAGUCUCAACUCCAGCUGGGAUCAUUGUUUGUCGAUUCAUUCUGGGCGUUGUCGAAGCCCCUUUCUUCCCGGGUGUACUCUUCUACCUCUCCAAGUGGUACACCAAAGAGGAACUCAAUCUACGGAUGUCCAUUUUUUUCUCUGGAUCCUUGAUUUCUGGGGCCUUUGGGAAUUUGAUCGCUGCUGGAAUCCUCAGCGGACUUGACAAUGUUCGAGGCUAUCGUGCAUGGCAAUGGCUGUACAUUAUCGAAGGUGUGACCACGAUUGGACUAGGUAUCAUCGUUAUCUUUUUCCUCCCCGACUUUCCAACCACUUGGCGUCUGCUUUCACCAGAGAUGCGAGCUGUGGCAAUACGCAGAAUGGCGCUUGACGCGAGGGAGGCUGAUGUCGAUGUUGGUGGAGGCAUGUCUCAGAUCGCAGGAAUGAAAGCUGCCUUUCUCGACCCAAAGACGUACAUACUCGCUCUGGCCUACCAUGGCAUCACGGGCGCCGCUGGAUUCCAAAACUUCUACCCGACAUUGACUCGCAGUUUAUAUCCCAACCUUACUGGAACGACACUCAGGAUCCGAUCGCUAUUGCUCUGUGCACCCCCAUAUGUCUUCACUGUCAUAUGGUCCCUAUCGCACGGAUUCGCCUCUGACAAGGUCGGCAAUCGCUUCUGGUUCUACAUGUACCCUAUCCCGAUUGUGAUUGCGGGAGCAUUAGUAUUCAUGUUCACAGAAUCAUUCGGCGGCCGCUACUUUAGCCUGUUUAUGCUCAAUGCGAUUUUCGUAAUGAACGGGACAAUCUAUGCAUGGAUCGCCAACGCCAUCCCACGGCCACCAGCUAAACGUGCUGCAUCUCUAGCCUUCAUGAACAGCAUCGGAAAUGCAGCCUCAAUCUGGACCCCAUUUACCUAUGGGGAGAAUGAUGCACCGCACUAUAUCAAGGCCAUGGGGAUCAACAUUGGACUUGUCAGUAUUGCUGGAAUCUGUGGCAUCAUUAUGAAAUUUUACUUGGAGUAUCAGAACAGACAGCUCGACAGAAUGGAGAAUGAGGACCACGAGCUCACCGAGCGGGACAUUAGGAAAUUGCAAAAGACUGCCGAAAUGGAGGGUAUCAGUUUCCAAGCAGCGAGAGCUCUGCAGAAGGGAUAUAGGUAUAUUAUCUAG